UAAAACGGCGGCCACCUAUAAGGAUACUUCCGGGUUUCUCGAGGUGGUGCGAGGAUUUUGGAGUCACGACGACUGUUGUGUUGUGUCACAUCCUGCGCCUUUCUGUCUGUUUUACUCCCACGGGAGUCACCGUUUUACGAAUUUACAAAUCGUAGAUCAACUGCUAAGGUAGCACAGGUGUUGGGAUCACCUUGUUUUAAGCGGCAGGUUUCAGACUACAGAGUUGUUGAAGCAAGGAGUUGCGAAGAUGGCGAAGACAAAAGUCAACAUUCAGUCUUUCCAGCUACAGUUGAUCGGAUGGCAAGCUGUGGUCUUCUGUGUUGUGCUGAUGUCCUGUGGUCUCUCUCCAGGAGUUGAAGCAGCCUGUACUCCGCAGAAAGACUUUGUACCUGUACCUGAGGACCAGUAUGACAGGAACUACUCCAGCAUCAACACCCCUGGAGCACGACCGCUGGGGUACGACAGCGGCAUCAUCUACUACCUUGGGGCCAACGAACCCAACCCCUGCGUCCGAGUCACAGGGACCUCGGGCUCCGGCAGGAGGGUCGAAGUCAUGGUACAAACUGAGCCAGCAACUCUGGACAUUUGUGUAAGAGACAGCACCCAGACAGAGAUUGACAACUGUGGAAGUGGGACCAUCAACCUGUGUCAGGAAGCCAGCGGAAACUCAGUUAACUUUGAGUUCUACUGUAAGACUGGGUGUGAGGCGGGAGACAUCAACUUCUGGUACAGGUUCACGGUUAGUCCUGACGGAGAGGACCCAGAGGAGUGGUGCUUUGACAGGACAGGUACAGACUUCCCCAACACCCUGGGACAGAUAAUCCCUCCAGGACAUGUCAACAACCCUGUGACCAGACCACCCCCCACAAGUGGACUCACCCGCCUCUUACCUGCAUGGACAAGUCUCCUCAUCAUGUUGGUUGCAGCAUUUUUGUUCUCUCAGUGAGGAAAGCAACCCUGGCAGCUGUUGGUUGCAGCCUUGGUUGCAGUCUUUCUGCAUUUUCCGUGAGGAAAUGCAUAGCUGUGCCU